AAUACAAAUUUCACGAGUCCAAUAACAUAAACCCCCAAAACACUAUGGAGAGCCCUGUAAACCAUGUAAACUAGUACAUACUGAAAGAACCAACUCGGCCUUAUCCACUUGGCUCCCUAAACCCAUCAUAGAAAGGCAAUUCAAAUCAUUGUUUCAUCAACCAAUCAAUGGCAAUGGCAAUGGCAACAGCAGCCUCACCCUUCUCUACCAAACCUACAAUUUCCCUGGAUUCGAGCUUUUUCAAGGGCAAUGCAAGCCGUAUUAGAAGGGUCUCUCUGUGUAAGCCAUCGUAUCUUCCUCAAAUAAAACCAAGUUUAAGUAAAUCUGUUCAAAUUGGAGUGGUGGUGUGUCAAGCAGCGGCAGCUGCUGUUCCUACUCAAAAACCACAAUCUUUAGAACGCUUUCGUCUGAACAAUUUGAAACCACAGCCUGGUUCUCGCAGGAAAAACAAGAGAAAAGGAAGAGGGCAUUCGGCAGGGCAAGGGGGCAGUUGUGGGUUUGGUAUGAGGGGGCAGAAAUCAAGGUCUGGACCUGGCGUUAGACCUGGUUUUGAGGGGGGUCAGAUGCCACUUUACCGCAGACUUCCCAAAUUGAGGGGCAUUGCCGGAGGUAUGGGUGCAGGCCUGCCAAAGUAUAUCGCUAUAAAUUUAAGUGACAUAGAAGCUAUUGGCUUUAAGGAAGGUGAGGAGGUUUCUUUAGAGAGUUUGAAGAGCAAAGGCUUGAUCAAUCCUUCUGGAAGGGAGAGAAAACUUCCACUGAAGAUCCUUGGCGAUGGAGAGCUAAGCACAAAACUGAUAAUAAAAGCACGAGCUUUUUCUUCUUCUGCAAAAGAGAAGUUGGAAGGUGUUGGAUGUACUUUGAUAACAUUGCCAGGGAGGAAGAAGUGGGUCAAACCUUCAGUACUUAAAAACCUGGCCCGUGCCAAUGAAUACUUUGCCAAAAAGAGAGCAGCAGAAUCAACUUAGCUUGGUUUGGAACUUCUUGUACAUUUAGGGGAUAAACUAAUGAUGUAGCUUUUACGAGUGCCAAUAGUCAAAUUUUAAUAGCAACUUCCAUAGGGCGAUAGAUAUGCUUUAUGCAUUUUUAGUCUAGAGUGAUAACUUGUUCUUCUAUCUUGCCAUUCUUUUUUAAUUUUUUGUGGAGUUAUUAUUUCUAGUCAUUCCAAAAUCUGUAGUAUUAAACUGUUGCCGUCUUAAAUAUGUAUAAUUUGCCCAUUUUCUUUCAAGAUGAACUAUCUGAACAUACAUUCAUAUAUCAAACUUCUGAUGGUACAGAGGACAUGUGACAGAAGUGUAUAAUUCAUGUAACGGAAGUUCAUAUCAGUGGAAGAUUCCAUUCGAGUUUUCAGAUCUGAUUGUAGCUGUCCGGUAUGUUGGAAAAUUGGGUUCCAUUAUAGGUCUGCUCAAAUGUUAAUUGAUCCCGAGAUUUGGCUGCAGGCUCUCUAUUUUUUCAAUCCCAUCAAUAUUAUACUUUAAAGAUUGAAGAGUCA